UCGAGGCCACGCAGCCCGAGACCCCACAGGCAAAGGACUGGGACUGCGGCCUAGGUGAGAACUCUGAGCGGGGUGAAAAGGGAGCCGGCCCGAGCCACUUCCUGGGCCCCCCCAUUCGAGGCAGUGGAAGCAACCACUACGCCGGAAGCGGAAGCGGGGACGAGAGGAGGCGGGGCACCCGGUGUUGCCAGAGCUCGGGCUGACGAGGAGCCGCGUCGGAGCGUGCCGUCGCCGCCGCCGCCGCCGCCGCCAUGAUCAUCCCGGUGCGCUGCUUCACGUGCGGCAAGAUCGUGGGCAACAAGUGGGAGGCUUACCUGGGGCUGCUGCAGGCCGAGUACACCGAAGGGGACGCCCUGGACGCGCUGGGCCUGAAGCGCUACUGCUGCCGUCGGAUGCUGCUGGCCCACGUGGACCUGAUAGAGAAGCUGCUCAACUACGCGCCGCUGGAGAAGUGAGCCCCGCGGGGAGCGCCGGCCGCGCUGUCCGCCCUGUGAAAGGCUUGGGGGAGGGCGCCCCCAUGCGGGGCCCGGCUGCCCUCCCCUGGCCAUCUGCUCUGCGGGAGGCCCGGCCGGGGCUGUUCCUCCCAUGGGGGCGCCCCCCUCCCCAGACACCUCGCUCUGCCCUCUGCCCUAGGGAGCAGGCCCGGCUCAGCCGUCCUCCCCAGGGGCUCCACAGCUCUCAAUAAACCUGUCGUUGGGAA